AAUGGGAAAUGGUUCGGUGAAACCCAGGUACCUGCGGCGGUCGGUCAGCCAUGUCGGAAGCUGUCCUUUUGGUUGUUCCAGUUGCGGCAAGGUCCUGAAGGACCAGGGGUUGAGCAUCAGCACCAUCACCGGAGCAGCAGAUCUUCUGAGAAACAAGAUCUGGGAGCUGGAGAAAGAGCUGAAGAGGCAGGAGGAAGAGUUGCACGAGAGGAGCUACCACAUCUUAGAGCUUCAGGAUCAGCUGGCCAAGCAAACCAAGACCAUCGGAGACCUCACCGAAGAGCUGAAGUGUAAAUGCGUCCAGCUGAACAAGCUACAAGAUGUCGUGGUCACUCAAGGGACGAAUCCUUUCCUUUUCCCCAGCCUCACAGAGACACCCAGGGCCAGCCAGGCGGCAGGGAGCAACAGGAGAAGAGGCGCAAAAGAAGGGGUGUCAGCAGAGCCAACUACCCGGACAUACGACCUAACGGAGCAACCUCGCUUUUCUUUCGAAAAAGCCCGUGUCCGAAAGGCCUCCAG